AUGUCUGACGACACGCCCCCCGAAAUGUCCCAGAAACACAUGAAAGAAAGCAAGCUGCAGCUGGAAUGCAGCCGUAUCAGGGAGCCAAGCGAGAUCCUCAAGAAGAUCCUUGACGACCGUACUGACUCCAAGCUGCUCUAUCAUGCAAUCAGACGCCAUGUUUUCUUCCUCGUUCAACGCGGAGUGAAGUAUGAGGAUGGUGAAAUCACUUUCUAUGACAAAAUCCUCAUGAAGCAUUUCAACGAUGGCCUCCCUAUGAAGAACAUCGGCCUUCUGGAGUUGUUCAUCGACAACUAUGCGGCCAUCAGGGACAAGAACUCGGCCGUUGACAAAGAAACCGCCGUUUGUGCCUUUCUUACUGCGCAGAAGAUCAUCGAUAACGCCGGCCGCUCUCCUGUCAACGGCGAACCCCGAAAAGCCGUCUCUAGCCACCUUGGAGGCUGCAGCACUACCCUCGCCGACCAAUCCGUCAAGCCCUUCAAGACUGAUGACCGCGAGACGAAGAAUAAGGUUGUCCUGAACAACCUCAUCCAGGUUUACCACGCUGCCAAGGCCGAUUACUACAUCGCCGACGCCAACAAGACUGGCAUCUCGGACAAAUCGACUGACAAGUUCAGCAAUGUCCGCUUCCUUCGUGAUACCGCCGAGAACCUUCUCCGCUGUCUGAAGGCCGAGACUGGAGAUCACCCCCUGGUCCCAGAGGUCGAACGCGUGGUCAAUGCAAGCUGCGCGCACGCUGAGCGCCUGGCUGGUGGACGCAAGCGCAUCUUUGAGGAUCCUGAGGAUGAACAGAUCAUUCGUCACCGCAGCAGUCACCGUUCUCACCAUGGCAGCAAUUCCGGCAACUCUCAGGCCAACCACCCCGGAAACUACCCCAAGAGACCACGCCACUCUCAACCCGUUGAUCAUUAUCGUGGCGAGGCUCAUCGUUCUGACUAUCGUGCUGACCACUACCGCCCUGAUGGUCCGGAUCGCCCAGGUCGCUAUGGUCGUUCUAAUCACUAUGAUCGUGCUAAUCGCCCUGACCGUCGCGAGCGGACCCGUCACGAGCCCAUCAAGCGUGCUCUGAGCAUGGAGCGCAUCGGAGACACUCGCUAG